AUGGCCAGCUCUUCAUCCGUUUCCUCUUCCUCUGUCCAGACCAACAGUGCUCUAGUCAACAACAGUGCCGUAGCUGCCUCUUCUGUCUCUGCCAGUGCUAGUGCCAGCGCCAACUCCUCCGGUAACAGCACUACCUCUUCCAAGAACGCCGCCCCAGGUAUGGUUGCCAACCCAGUCUCCUGGAAGUACGGUGCCGUCAUGGCUGCCAUCGCCGCCGGCUCUUUCGUCCUAGGUGCCGGUAUCUAA